AUGCAGGGCGACGCUUACCACGCCCGGUCGAUGAAUGCCGCAAACUUGAAAUCGGCUUUCACAGCCCCAGCCGACUUCAGGUUGGAAAGCUGCAGCCCGGAGUCCGGGCUCAGUGAACUGGAUGGAGCACUCGAGUUGGACGGCCUUGAGCUGGGCCCAGAGCUCCAGUUCCUCUUGGAGUCGCAUCUGUCCCAAUCGCCCACCCACAGCGACAGCCACUUACUCGAUUCACUGGACAAGGGGAUGUCACCAUGCACGCCAGAUGGCAUGCGCAUGGGCAGCAGAGGCGCUCAGAGCCACCCCCACGGCCCCAGGAAUGUCAUCAACAUCACAGCAUCAAGCGCGGGAGCACAUCAGCCGACGAUCAGCCUGAGCGCGUGCAGCACAGACAGCCGCACAGAGCUGGUGUCCACCACCGACAGCCACCACCCGCAACCGCGGGGGGGCCGCCCCCCGCGCCGGGCCGCCGCAGCCGCCGCGCUGGAGGCGCACCACAUCGUGGGGGGAUCCCCCGGCGCCGCCAGCGGUGGCCACCACCGCGCCGCCAGCACACCCCUCCCGCAGGCGCGGCUGGAUGACAUGGACCUGGAUGUGAACCUGGACGAUCUGCUGGACAGCGACUGCGACAAGCGCAGCGGCCAGAAGAGGCCGCGGCGGCGAGUCAUCGUCGAGACCAAGGACGCAUCUGGACGGCCCUACACCGCCGCAGAGAUCCGCCGCAUGAAACGACGGAUUACCAACAGGGAGUCUGCCCGCCGCAUGCGGCUGAAGAGGCAGGAGGAGUGGGGCAUCAUCAAGCGCCAGGCGCGGCUGAUGCGCGAGGACGUCCAGAAGAUGGGCAGCAAGGUGGCUGCGCUCCAAGCACACUGCAGCACUCUGGAAGGCGAAGCGGACCGCUGGCAGCAGCUGUGGAGGCAGGCUGCAGCUUCAAAUGCACAGCUGACUCAGCGCCUGAAAGCACAGCAUGGAGAGCACGGCCGGCCCAGCGAUGGUUAUGAGUCAACGCUGACGAGCCCAGAGCCGCCGAUGUCACACGAGGAUCUCCUCGCAGCCGGAACAGGCGCCGCUUCAAAGACCCUCCCAGGUAUGGGACGCGCACAGUCAGCGGCUGGGCCGUCACCGUUCGGCGGCGAUGUCACCGAUCCGUUCGGUUCUGCCCGCCGGGCAACAUCUGUGCCCGAGCCGGGCAGCGGACCCCUCCGCACUUCGUCUCUUCCCACUGUCGCAGGGGCUUUGGCGGCAUUGGAAGAGGAGGCGCGCCGUUUUGAGGACCGUUUCGAGGACGACGCCGCGUUCGCCACCCUCUUUGACGGCUUCUGA